AGGUGGAGCCUUUUCCCUCGAAGACUCUGCGAAGCUGCCCUCGUUGUUGUGGAUGGCACCAAUACUGAAUCCCGGCGGCUACUCCAGCGAGGCCCUGUCAUAUGCCGAUGCCCUUCAAAAGGCCUACCGAUCAAGCGGACAGAAAGGCGACUUUGGACUGCGUCAAUUUGCAGAGCAGACAAAUCGCAACUUUGUGCGUGGGCUUCCGAAGGGUCUUGGCUCCCGGAUCUCCAAGAUGUUGACUCGUGGCAAGAGGCGCACUCCUUGGGAUGUGGUGGUUUGCCACUCCACGCCUGACGUUUGGCAUGAGGAUGGUGCUUUUUCCUGGGGGAGGGUCGAGCCAUGCCCUCCUGUCGGAACCAAGCACAGCAUCGGCCGCAGCAUGUAUGAGACCGAUGCACUUCCUGAAACCUGGGUGCCACGCCUCAACCGCAUGGAUGAGGUUUGGGUGCCAUCUCACUUCGGCCUGGAACACUUUGUGUCCAGUGGCGUUCAGCGGAACAAGAUUGCCGUGGUACCUGAGGCCGUCGACACGGACCUUUUUGAUCCAGCAGCGCAUGAAGCGUUGGAGUUGGGAGGUACGGAAGGCCUCUAUCGUUUCCUCUCGGUCUUCAAGUGGGAGAAGCGCAAAGGUUGGGACAUCUUGCUCCGGGCAUACUUCCAGGAGUUUUCGGCUGUAGACGAUGUGAUCUUGGUCAUCAAGACCCAAGCGUUCCACAGCGACGAUGAUUUUCACAACAAGGUGCUGGCAGAGAUUAGCAAAGCACAGGAAGCUGGUGGAGCACCUGAUCAGCCAGCAAGGUACAAGCUGCUCUCAGAGGACUUGACCCUGAAGGACCUGCCAAGGCUUUACCAAGCGGCGGAUGCCUUCGUCUUGCCCAGUCGAGGUGAAGGUUGGGGACGCCCACACGUGGAGGCCAUGGCGAUGUCGCUUCCAGUGAUCGCCACCAAUUGGAGUGGCUCCACGGACUUUCUGUCCGCGGACAUCGCUUUGCCGCUUCCCAUCGACGGCCUGGCGAAGGCGGAGGGCGCCGUCGGCCGCUGGGCCGAGCCCUCAAGUGAAGCGCUGCGGCGGCUGAUGCGCUGGGCGCAGCAGCAUCCAGGGGAGGCGAAGAAGUUGGGAGAGGCCGCCCGACGGCGCAUGGUGGAGGACUUCAGCCCAGAGCGUGUGGUGUCCCGCUACGUGCUGCCGUUGCUGCGGCGGUUUUCGGAUGGAGGAAGAACCCAGGAACGGUCAGAGCUAUAGAGCAGUAUCAAUCCUUCGUGACGCAUUGAUGAUCCACCUUUAGUCCAUGAACUUCCGGUGAUCUUACGCCCUUCCUGAGCAUCAGAGAGAGACCUUCACGGUUUUGCACGACUUUGGAGGCGGUGAUCAUAGAAUCAUCGCGAUGAGAUUGAACCUUUUGCAUAAUUUGGAGUUUGAAAUAGUGGCUGGUUCAAUUUCUUCGAAGCUUUCGACAUGGAGAUCCAGAAGAUGCAAGCCUGAUGUACAGAGAGGCAGGGACCAUAAGCAGAAUCUAUAGCUUUUGCCUCAGCGGUGCCCUGAUGGCUUGAAUAUAUUUUUGGUUGGCAGAAUCUUGCAGCCACAAUGUGUAUUUCAAGGUCAGUUUAUACAACUUCGGGCAUUUUCACGAGAGGGAAGUUGAUGCAGCAUGGUGCAGCUAAUGCUCACGACAAGCAGAAAAUAGUGCGCGAC